CUUCACGAGAAACAAAAGAAGAUGUCUCUAGUCACAGAAGAGAUAAGGGCUAAAGCCACGGAGGUCUACAAUGGCGACGAGAUCUGUCAGGACAAAUCCAAGGAGCUCCUCAAGGAGAUCCAGCUCCCCAAUGGGCUGCUGCCACUUCACGACAUCGUGGAAUGUGGGAUCAACAGCGAGACAGGGUUCGUCUGGCUGAAGCAGAAGAAGAGCAUCACUCACAAGUUCGACAAAAUUGGGAAGCUUGUGACAUAUGCGCCAGAGGUGACUGCAGUGGUUGAAAAGAGGAAGAUCAAGAAGCUGACAGGUGUUAAGACGAAAGAGCUUGUGCUUUGGGUUUCCCUCUGCAAUAUCUAUACCGAUGAGCCGCCUACUGGGAAAGUUACGUUCAAGUCCCCAACUGGGCUGUACAGGUCUUUCCUUACUGCUGUGUUCGAGGUUGAGGAACCUGCUGCUAAGGAGGAAACUACUGCUGCGGCUGCGGCUGCUCCAGCGGAAGCUAGUUCGCGUCUUUGUUCAGUGGAGAAGCUUUGAGAAAGAACCAUAUAGCCAUGAGGUGAUUAAGAGAAGUGUGGUUCUGUUUAGCAGCAUGU